UUACGAGGAAUUUUUGAGACGUCUGAGCACGUCGUGUUGGAUUUGGAACUCUUAGGUGGGUUGGACCUAUUCCAGUACAUUUCCCACAAAGGUGUUCUAAUGGAAUCAGAAGCGGCGCAUAUCUUACGAGAUAUCCUCGUCUGUUUAGAGGGGAUGAAUCGUGUGGGUCUCUCUCACCGUGACAUUAAACCUGCUAACGUACUUCUUUGCCGAAAUAGUGGAACAAACAGCGGUCCGCGUGUCAAGGUUUGUGAUUUCGGCAUGUCGACUUUUUGUGGCGUGGACGGUCAAGUCCGCGGUCGUUGUGGCACUCCUGGAUACGUGGCACCAGAAAUUUUUCUAGCAGGCGUCCAUGGCGGCUACGGUAACAAAGUGGACAUCUUUUCGGCUGGGGUAACUUUGUACGUCAUGCUAUGCGGCUAUGAGCCGUUCUAUGGAGAGUCCGAUGCCGAGCUAGUGGAAGCUAAUAAGACGGCGAACGUCGAAUAUCCGACCGAUGACUGGAGUGCCGUUAGUCUGGAAGCUCGCGAUUUAGUUGAACGCAUGCUAAAGGCGGACCCAAUGAAGCGACCUAGUGCACGUGAAGCGUUGGAGCACGCCUGGAUUCAAGAACACUGUACACAAAAU